AUGAGAUCCCAACGCAACAUAUCCAUCGUCUGCUCUCACUGCGAGGGCGAAGCAGGCGAUGUCAUAGUGGGCGGUGUCCUCGACGUCCAAGCCAAAACAAUGCAUGAGAAGAUGGUCCAUUUCAUGACAGAACAAGAUGGCAUGCGUCAACUAUUACUACACGAGCCCCGCGGCCGACCAGAAAUGAGCGUCGUGCUUGUGCUGCCCCCGUGCGAGCCUCGAGCCGAUGCUGGCUUCCUCAUCAUGGCCCCCGGGGACUGGGUUCCAAUGUCGGGGUCGAAUACGAUAUGUACGGCUACAGUCCUGCUGGAGACGGGGAUGGUUGAGAUGAAAGAGCCCGUCACCGAGCUGAAUUUGGAUACCGCUGCUGGGUUGGUCAAGGCAACGGCUGAGUGUGUUAAUGGGAAAUGCAAGUCGGUCUCGUUUGAUAAUGUUCCGGCAUUUGUGUAUGCCCUGGACAAGCAGAUUACUGUUCCUGGAGUUGGGACAAUCGCAGUGGACAUUGCAUACGGAGGCCAGUGGUAUGUGAUUGCACAGGCUCAAGAUUUGAAUAUCGCGGUGGAGACGUCAAAUGGUGCUCGGUUUAUCGAGCUGGGAAAUCGACUGAAACAGGCAGUGCUAGCUGAAUGCAUGCCUACGCACCCACAGAAUCCAGCUAUCCGCGGUAUCAACAAUGUCAUCAUCAGCGAGCCCCUUGCCAAUCAAGAUGGACAGAAGUCAGUACGACAUACAGUCAUCGUCACACCCGGCCGAUUAGACCGAAGUCCAUGUGGCACGGGAAGCUCGUCUCGCCUCGCAGUACUGCAUGCACGGGGGCUAUUGAAGGUCGGGGAAAGCGCUGCUUUCCGUAGCAUCAUCAAUACCGAGUUUGUGGGCAGCAUCCGGGGUGUGCAGAAAGUGGACGAUCUUGAUAUGGUGCUGCCGACUAUUCGGGGCAGGGCGUGGAUCACUGGGGAGCGACAAGUACGGCUCGAUCCUGAGGAUCCUUUUCCAACAGGGUUUUUAAUCUAG